UGAAUAUUAUUUGUCUUAUUCCUUUGCCAUUAUCGCAACCCAUCCAUGAAACUGAGUCUCCCCGAGGCUUAAAAAACAUCAAAACGUGACAGAGCUAGCGAGAUAGAAGCAAGGUUCCAAACUCAUCACUUACUAACUCUACCUAUUUGUUCCAUCAUGUUUUUUAUGUCUCAAUGAAAGCGAGUGAAAUGAGGUAUCGAGGCUCCUGCACACACCGCACUAUUUGAAUAGUCAGCUUUUACCUACUAUGACGCAGCUAAAUCACCGAGCAACCUCUGCCACGACCACCACAUUAGGAGCCCAAGACUGCCUGACUCUUCAAAAUACGACAGCCACUAUUCCUCUUCUCGGUUUCGGCACCUACAAAAUUCGCGGCCAAACAUGCACCACCGCAGUUCUGGCAGCACUUUUAGCGGGCUACAGCCACAUUGACUCAGCUGCGUUAUAUCGCAAUGAGGUGUGCGUCUACGAAGCCAUCGAACAGUCUGGUGUACCUCGUGAAGCGAUCUUCCUUACUACGAAAGUCGGAAGUCCACGAAGGAUGGCAGGCCAGGGUGACGUGUAUCAAGAUGUCGUCGAAACUGUGGACCGUAUCGCUGGAGUAGAUGGGUACGUAGACUUACUAUUGAUGCAUGUUCCUGGACCAUCCAGAGAUUAUCGUCAGAGAUUAUGGGCAGCGAUGGAAAUGGUUAAGAGGAAGGGAAGAGCCAAAAGUAUUGGUGUCAGCAACUUUCGAGUCCGGCACCUCGAAGAACUGAAGGAGUAUGCCACUGAAUGGCCUCCGAGUGCGAACCAAAUCGAGCUACACCCCUGGUGCCAGCAACGAGAUGUCGUGACCUACUGCCAGGACCAUGGUAUCGUUAUCGAGGCAUACAGCCCGCUUGCAACAGGCACUCGGCUUAAUGACCCAGAAGUACAAAGAGUAGCAUCAAAACAUAACAAGACUCCCGCAAAGAUCCUUAUCCGGUACUCACUCCAGAAAGGCUGGAUACCCCUACCCAAGAGUUCGAAUCCGGGUCGCAUUCAAGAGAAUAUUAUGGUUUUUGAUUUUGCUCUCGAUCUAGACGAUAUGAUGGCCUUGGAUGCGCUGGACGAAGGACCCGCAGGUGCUGUUUUUCGAAUGAAUGUUGAUUAAUUACAUAACACGCCACGAAAUAAUGGGUUGGAAGCAAACCUAUCCGUCAACUUCGCAACACUCGAACGGCUGC